UGGUGGUGGUGGUCGUCAAUGGGCGAGUACGGACAAAUCACCCCGUCCACAUCUGAAGUGAAGACAAGGCCCAUACUUUGUAAAAUGCGGAUGUAUGUUAGUACAUUUGGCUUGUGUAUGGCUAUCGCUCUUCUCUCUUUGCUGUUUGUUUUUAGUAAAUACGAUGUAGAAAGUUAUUCGGCCGGAUUAAAGGAAGUUGAGGCGCCUGCGAAGAACUUUAACGGAGCAAAACAACGACCCGCAACGGCGGGGUCACACAAAGUCGGAGAUGUUGAACAUAAAGUGAAUUUUGCUGGACAGCACGAGACGUUGAUGCACCUUGCAGUGGUGGCCUGCGGACAGAGACUCGGGGAAGCUGUCAACAUGCUUAAGACCGCAGCCAUGCUAAGCAGCCGUGCCAUGAGAUUUCACAUCUUUGCAGAGAAUCGGUUGCACGCCGACAUUAAAGCAACAUUGGAUUCCUGGCCAGCUUUCAUUUCAUUGAAAUUCAGCUAUGUUGUUCGUCCCAUUUCAUUCACCCGUGAGAACCAUGAAGAGUGGAGUCAGCUUUUCAAGCCGUGUGCAUCACAGAGACUCUUUCUACCGAUGAUCCUGAGACAUGUUGACUCCUUACUCUAUGUGGACACUGAUGUCCUCUUCAUCCGGCCCGUGGAGCUAAUCUGGGACAUGUUGGCACAAUUUAACUCCACUCAGUUGGUAGCCAUGGCACCAGAACACGAGGAGCCUCGGAUAGGCUGGUACAGUCGCUUUUCCCGUCAUCCAUAUUAUGGAAAAACCGGCAUCAACUCUGGUGUCAUGCUUAUGAAUUUGACCCGGAUGCGAAUGGCGCAAUUCAAGAAUGAUAUGACACCUGUUGGUCUUCACUGGAAUGAGCUUCUAAUGCCUCUACUACAGAAAUAUAAACUUAAUAUAACCUGGGGUGACCAAGAUCUCAUUAACAUCAUCUUUCAUUACAAUCCAGAGAUGCUGUUUAUUUUCCCCUGCAACUGGAACUACCGUCCCGACCACUGCAUCUACGGUAGCAACUGCGUCCCGGCCGAGGAGGAGGGUGUGGUCGCGCUACACGGCAACCGAGGAGUGUUUCACGGUGACAAACAGUCAGCUUUCAAAGCUGUGUAUCAGGCUUUUGAACAGUACAUAUUCGGAGAGGAUCUUCUGCAGUCAUUCUUGUCCCCCCUGAAGGUGGCACUGAAUGCAACCACGCACACAUACUGCGGAAAAGUUAGCCAUUUUUUUACCAAAGGACUUGAAAAGUCUGUAAGAAGGAUUCAGAAAACAACGUCACCUGGUGGCUGAGACUGACACUGUGACUUUUUAAGUAUCUGAAUAAAAGCAGAAAGGAGUUCUCAGGAACUGGAUAAAAGCGCCAAUGCUCAUCUGCUCCAGUCUCGUGUGCAAUCCGUGGGGUGAACAUUCAAGUUCAAAAUCACACACUGCAGGUUUAAACUCCCUGACGUGAAACUGGAUGGUGACCUUGAAGUUUUCGUGACUUGAAGAAGUAACAAUUUCAGUGUAACAAUGAAAUGUGCAUUGCUACUAAUACCCCUUGAGGGGCCAUUUGCAUUUCAGUUAUUUAUCCUGUUAAGACUGUUUUGAAUGUAUUGCAAGAGAUAGCGUUGGAAAUACUUGAAAAUGUAAAUAUGUAUUUUUGUGUACAAUUAUUUGUUUUUGCCCCAAAAUUUUGUUGUGUAUGUACUCACUGUUAUGACGUUUCAGAACUCAAAUCCAUGGUCUCCGUUCACUUUAACUGUAUGCAGGAGAACAGCUCAUCUAUCAAUGAAACAAAGUAAAACAGGUUUAAAAUUUUCAUUUUGAGUGAGCUAUUCCUUAGAAUUAUGUUCAAAGAAAAUAAAUCUAUA